ACUUUUGUUUACAAAUCUCACCCACAAUGCACUUCGUCUGACAGGAAGCGUUCAGUGGCAGUUGGCGCGUUACUUCGAGUGUGGACUAGAUGUAAAUAAAAGUUGAAACAAGUAAAAUUAGCGUGUAUUUAAACCUGUAACACUUCCGUCAUUAAAGUGAUCGAAGUUGUCAAUGUAGAAAGGUCUCAGUAAAGCGGAAGCGGACUCUUCUCUGCUGCAUAAUGGAGCUAGUUCUCUCUGAAGAUUUGUAUCGAAAUCCCCAUCGGCUCUCCCACUGUGGAAAGACUAUCUCAUUUCACUGCAAACGGGCUUCGGGCACAAAUGACAGCGAAGGGAGCGAGUUAAUAUUCUGCUGUCUUUCAUUUGAACGGGAAGGGAACUCGUUUCUGAAGGCAGCUGAUGGAGCGGCUGUCAUCAGCAGGAAAAGAUUAGCUCGUGUGGAUAUUGUAAAAUGUAAAUGCGUCACUGACGCUAAAAAGAGAGCCACCGCUCCGUGUAUUUUAGUGAUAACGAAGAGUGAGAAAAGAGGCAGCUUUCAAUAUAGUCUUCUCACACUGAACAGCUCAAACCAACUGGAGCCCUGCAUUGAGUUUAGACUCCCUUAUCAAAUGAAGGAGGAUGUAUCUAUUCUCCAGGGCCCCACUGUGCUGUGGAGUCAUGAAGGCGGUAUAUUUUAUACGUCUCUGCAGGCAGGAGGAGUGGCACAAGUGCCCAUUCAUUUCUCCCACAGUGUUGUAGGAGAACUCCCUCUCCACAAAGGACAGGUGUUUGUUCUCGGACUGCAAAACCUUCCAGAAGAGUCCACAAACCAAACCCUUGUCUAUUUUGUUGAGGACGGACAAGUGUUUGACGGCAGUAUGGUUUUACCUCAGCCAUAUAUUAGCAUCACACAGUGCAUCUCGGUGGUUGUGGCUGACCGAGUGGAUGGUGUGCUUAAAUGUGAUGUAGUUGCAGCAACUACUAAUCGGCAACUUGUUUAUUUUGAGAAUGGAAUGGUAACAGAUGUUUGUCAACUACCCUUUGAGCAACCUGAAAAUAUUCAAGUAGUUAACACAGGAAGAUGUGGCUACCUGUUUGUUGUAUCCUUUCGUGAGGGCCAUGUUUGCACUGUAUGGAAGGAAACAUUUCAGAUAGCCGCCCUCUGGUCAGGUGUCUGCUCCAUCCACGUGGAUGACUUUGUGGGAUGUGGAACAGACCAGAUGUUGCUGGUUUUUAAGGAUAGAUUUAUAGCAUUGGAAGGUUUCCUCAUCACUGACCUUUGUGGUAUUUCAUAUUCUCAUGGCCUGGACACCGAAGCACCAAAGACAUCUCCCCCUCCACCAGAGAACUAUCUCCUUACUCUUCAAGCUUUAGAAUCCAGACUUCAGAGUGGAUUGACCGUGCUUCAAGAGCUGCAAAGAGAAGUGACAGUGAAGGAAAGCGUUCUACAACAGUCAGUCAAAGCACUUACUGACGUGGUCUUGGAAAGGGAGACCGUUCUCACCCAGCAUGAGCAGGAAGGGCUUAUUGCUCUGUGGGACUCUGAUGACGAGUCAAAGAACAAGGCCUUGGAUGACAAGAUUCAAGACGUGCCAGCAGUGUCUUCAAAACCUCAAAUUGACAAGCUCUGGCAUCGCACCACUGAGGGCCGAAUGGUUGUGGGAGUGAUACUAACUACUGACAGCUCAGCACCGGUGACCAGUGUGAGCUUAUCCAUCCUGACAGACACGGGCCAGUGCUCAAGGCCCGCAGUCAUCCAGACCCAGAGCCAAAUGUUCUGGCUCCCUGCGCCCUGCUCCUCACCAUCAUCCUCCUCCUCUUCCUUCUCUGCCCGCACAUUCCCAGAGCCCCCAGCCAAAAAAAGCAAGCAGCACAACGCUAACAGCACCGACGAUCUCAACACACGCCGAGUGGCUGUGACUGCGGUGACCAAGCUGACACCUCUGUUGAACUCUGGCCGUGUCAAGUGCCAUGUCAUGCUCCAUUAUGUCCAGACAACAGAUGCUUUUUCCCUCGUGAGCAACCAAAGACCAGCUGUGUUGCACUGCGGUCAAGUUGAUUUAGACAUUCAUAAUGAUUUACAAACUGAGCUGCUAAAAACCCCCCAACUCAUAACAGAUGAGGUUAGAGAGGACUUGCUGAGUCUUUUGGCGGUGCUGGAUCACUGGGUCUUCCAUAUAGACUCUCCCGAAUACAGCUUAGGUGAUAUAAAUGGCUGGAUUCAGAAAAGAGUGGGUUGUAAGAAGAUAGAAGUGAGCCCUCAGUAUCUGAUAUUAAAUUCUUCGGGACCAUCUGCUCUCACGCUGCUGCACUGGCGUCAGAUAACCCCUUUCCAGGGAGAACUGCAUGUCCAUUCCAGACAGUUACAGAUGCUCCAGUUUUUGGAUUUACUGUUGGCAUACCUGCCAGACUCCUGCUCUGUCCAGCCUGUCAAAGGUACUGGAGGUCAGGAUGCAUCUAAAAUGUUUGCUCAAGCAUUGGAGAAAGAGCUGGUGUCUCUCAGGGAGUGUGCCUCGUUACUACUCGGUGAAGAAGAUGAAGAGAAGGUGAAGGAGAAGAGCCUUGUAUAUGAGGAAACACCGGAUACAAGUUCUGUAGAGGGGCUCCAGAGGUGUAGGGAGGUAUGGCAGAGGCACCAGGAGAGGAGCAAGAUGAAGUUGAGCCCUCUGGUGGAUGUGGGGCGAUAUCGUAGGCUGAUCCAAAGCAUGUCUAAAGUCCAACUUAACGGGGAUUUGGCAGCACUCUUAGACAUUCAGCAGUCUUUCCUCCACUAAUAUGCUUCAGUGGUGUUCAUAAUUAAAUAUCCUAUCACCAAGUUGCUCUUAUUUUCUUACUGUGUUAAGUGUAGUGAUUAAAAAGCCACAUUUCACUCACCAACAAAAACCUAUCCCCUCUGUUGGCUGGCUUAAGUUCUGAUCUGGUCUUUCUGUAUAGCCUCUUGGUGUUUAUAUCUUUACAUUGACGAGAGCCUCAACCCAUUCCCACUCAAACGUGGGUUUCUUAAUAUGACACCUUUAUGAUACUGCCCUCUGUUUAAUUUAUUCUUCUGUGUAUGUACUUUUAGACUUGUGUUCAAAAAUGCCCUUUUAUGUCUGUUGCUGCCUGCAGGUGCAUGCUUGACAGAGAUCACUUUCAUCGUGGAGACAGAAACGGUUUGUGUUAUGAAUAAAAACAGCACACUACGGUUGCACGAAGCUCUCCUCACUGGCCGUAGUUGACUGAAUGCUUUUAGUGGUGCUCUCCCCUCAUGGUUCAGUUAUUUUUGAUGUGAAAGGAUGUAAAGAAAAAGAAGUCCUUGGAAGAUGUUUCUGCUGUGAUGCUGCACAGCCUGUCAGGGAUGUAGUGACAAUGCCAUUCAUCCAAGUAAACAUCAAACAUCAUACUGAAAACGGCCUCUGCUUUGCUCGAUACUUAAGGUUUGUGACAGCUUGACUAGUAACAUUGGCUACAAGGGAGGGCAAGAGGUUAUUUCCUCCCAGUGGGAGCUUAAUUUUGUUUGUUCUGGGAGCUACUCCAUCUGUAUUUAGUACUCCCUUUUUUUUCACACCUUUUAUUUUUAUGUGCUUCAUUGCGUUAACUGCCUCCGCAGGAUUCAUUGUCACAGGAUUUGAGCAUAAUUACUUAAAGUGGACCUAUUUUCAUAUUUUAUUUCUUAGACACUACCAGAAGAGAUUGGCAUGAGUUCACAGUUGACAAUAAUGCUUAUUUGUCUCUUAGAGACCUUUUUAUGCAGCCCCUCAGUUCAUGCAUUGUCUGAAACCUGUUUCAGCUCCUGUCUUUUUGAGGCAACUCUCUCCUUCCAGCCAUCAUAUGAGGUGUGUGCCUGAGAUUACCAAUGUUAAGGAUGUCCCCAAUCUUUAAUAUCACACAGAAGAAAAUAAAAUUUAAAAAAAUGUCUGAA